CCCAAUCGCUGGAGUGCCAGUGAAGUAUUCGUGAAUUAAUUGUGACGAUGAAUGCACGAAAUGGGGGGAAAUUGAAUUAAUAAUUCAGGAACUCUGGUCUCACACCAUUUCACGCUGAAAUUGACUCAGAAGCUCGAGGGAAUUUCUGAAUAGUCAGAGCUGCAGAGGGACUUUUUGGCUAUCUUCUUGGACGACUCAUAAUAUUUCUGCUUCCUCUCGCGACAAUGGCUGGGCGGGACACGAGAAUUGAGUUGUCGGCUUUGAAUCCCGGCGUGUGUCUCACGGACAUCCAAGUGAUGCUCACGAAGGCAUUCGAACAGCGAGACAUCUCGCAAUUCCGACAAGCUCUGGCCCUGGGAGCUGAUCCACUCGUCCGCGACUCAAGGGGAAACUUCUCCCUGUUUGAGUUGAUUUGCAAAGCACCCGGAACAGCGGCUUUUCUCGAGGCCUGCAUCAAAUCGGGCAUCGCAGACACGCCUAAUCCCAUCUCUGGAAAGCGAGCCAUCAAUUUCCUCGCAGAAUCUCUGGAUCCGGCGAAUUUGGAAAUGUUUCUGGGGUAUUUUCCCAACACAGAUGUCAACACAACCGAUGAAGAUGACUCACCAAUUCAUGUCAUUGUGAAGAGCUUGACUGAGGAGAAUUUCUCAAAGUGCUACGAUUGUGUGAAGAUUUUGGUAAAGCACGGCGCGAAUGUGAAUAUUCCAGACGCCCGGGAAUUCACUCCUAUUCUCACGCUGGCCAGGAGCAGAGUCCUUGGGCAGGAGGAGAUCAUUAAGUACUUGCUGAAGCACUGUAAAGUGGAAUUGGAUGAGUUUCGGGAUGGAGAAGCUCGAUUGCUGAUCCAGACAAAAUUUCCUCACAUCAAUCUUUCCACCAAAACCGAAGUGGAGAAGAAUUUCGACUACUUCGCCAAGCAUCUGAUGGAUCUCCACUUCAACGAUGCUGCAGACAGGAAAGGUCAAGAGGAGAGAUUUCUCUCAGAGCUCAAACAAUUUCUUGGCGCGAAGAGUGACGAGGAGAUAAGGAAGUUUCUCACAGACACGAAUAGCAAUGGAACUCUCCUCGGCAUGGCCAUUAGAGUGGGCUCCAAGGAGACAGUGAAGGAGAUUCUGAAGAACGGUGCAGAUCCCAAUGGAAGCAAGGGAUCGCGACGUCCAAUUGCCAUUGCGUGCAUUCAUGGCCAGUGGGCGAUUCUGGAGGUGCUCUUGGAGAGCGAAGGCAUCGAUGCAAACUUCCCAGACGAUCCUCCACUGUGUCUGAUCGUUAAGAAACUGGGCGAGCCGUCCAACACUUCCAAUUGUGACUACCAGAAGUGCUUCGACGUGCUGGUGGAGCACCCAAAGAUUGACGUCAACCAGAGAGACAAGUGCGGCAGCACUGCCCUCCACUAUGCCGUGCGCUACAAGGAGGAGAAGGCGAUCAGAGCUCUCCUGGACAAGAACACAUACUUGGGCACGCGCAAUGUCUUCCAAGAUCUCCCCAUAACUGAGAUGAAUCCCAACCUGCUGGAGGAAUACUUCGACAGUCGAAUUACAACGAAUGGCAGACGAGCGGGCGAUGAGGAUCUCGAGAUCUACUUCGACUACUCCUGCCUCGUGCCGCCGGACGUCUGCGAGACUGCCGAGAAGUUCUCAGAGGAGAUGAAUCCCAUCUACGAAAUGACCAAGAGCAGGGAGUUGAGAUCUUUGGUCAAGCAUCCGCUAAUCAGUAGCUUCCUCUUCCUCAAGUGGCAUCGCCUCGGAGCGAUUUUCUACGGAAAUCUGAUCCUCUACUCCAUCUCCACGCUGACCAUCAUCCUCUACAUCCUCCUGUGCUACGGCCGAGAUGUGUCCGACGAAAUGCGCUUCUUCAUGCUCACCAUCAGCAGUCUGGGCGUACUGUUCAUCAUCGGCCGCGAAGCGUCACAAUUCAUCACAGCUCCCGUGCAGUACUUCCGCCAGGUGGAGAACUACCUGGAGAUGGCGAUCAUAGGGAUAUCAAUAGUCGUCCUCACCGGAUACAGUGUUACUGAGCACACCAGGAGAGUCAUAGCGGCAAUCCUCAUACUCUUGUCCGCCGUGGAGUUUUCCCUGCUCGUCGGAUCCCUGCCGCAUCUCUCAAUCUCCACCCACAUGGUCAUGCUGAAGACCGUCUCCGUCACCUUUAUCCGGAGUCUCAUGCUCUACUCCAUCCUGCUCAUAGCCUUCGCCUUCUGCUUCUACACACUCCUGGGCGGCGUCAGCGACUCUCCGGGCGACAAUAAAGUGGAGGAUGAGUUCAACAAGUUCAUGGAUCCCGGAACGGCUAUCAUCAAGACAAUCGUGAUGAUGACCGGCGAAUUCGAAGCGGCCAACAUUGAGUUCAAAUCCAACACGCUCAGUUACAUCUUCUUCCUGCUCUUUGUGUUCUUCAUGAGCGUCGUGCUCUUCAAUCUCCUCAACGGUCUCGCCGUCAGUGACACGCAGGCCAUCAAGGCGGAAGCCGAACUCACGGGAUUCAUCUCGCGAGCUGAGGUUCUCACGCGAUACGAGAAGCUCGUGUUUGGCCACAAUCCCGGCACGUGGUUCAGAAUGAUCUCCGAUCUGUGUUACUUCCGCAAAAUCGCCAAGAAGUUCAUCAGCAUCUUCCCCUUCUACCUCCCCGAGAACAUCCUCGUGCUGAAUCCCAAUCGCAGCAACAGAAUCUACAAUCACUCGAGCACCAGCAAACGGCUGCGGAGUGAGAGUGUGAGUCUGGAGAAUGACUCCUUGCUCAACACCUCCACAUCCUGUUGCUUCGGUUGCGACAAGUGCACAAGUCUCGAUGGCAAGAUCGUGAGAUUCACCAAGCAAGUGCUCGAGCGCAAACACUGGACGGAUCAGUCGAAGCAGGACAAGCUGAGACUCGAGAAUAUCGAGCGACAACUUGGAGAAAUUAACCAGAAAAUCGAGAUUCUUCUCCAAAAUCAAGUCUAA